UUUAGGACGCAACGCAGAGACAUGAACAAGUACAAGCCUUUUUGUAUUGCCGUACUAGCUGGUGUACUCAGUACAUUAAUAUUAAAUUAUUUUAUAUCUUUUGAAAAAUUUUCCUUUAAAAAACCCUUCCUCGUCCCCAACAGGAAAACAUCCGAAAAUAAAGCAUUUGACAAAAAUAACAACUCUUUUGUAAUUUUAUGGUAUAGCAUUCCAAGAUGGCUGGAUUCGUUUGCAAAAGAUUUUAGAUUGUUAAAAUGUAAAGAUGUGAGAUCAACGUGUUCGUUGUCGACAGAUAAUUCUGACCUGAACAAAAGUAAUGUUGUGAUUUUCUCACAUUUUACUCUGCCGAAAUCUCCUCCAGUAAAACAUCGAUCACAGAUCUGGAUUUUCGAUACUCUGGAAAACAAACAAUUUACUCACUGGCCAAGUUCUGCCUGGAAAAAUAAAUUUGAGUGGAUGAUGUCGUAUCACAGAGAUGCUGACGUUUCAAGACCUUACGGGAAAAUCAUAGAAUUAGACAAAGGUACAUGUAUAGAUAGAAAUUAUUCUGCGGUUUUUCGACAGAAAACAAACUUUGGUGUUUGGAUGGCAGGUUAUUGUCCUACACCAUCUCAGCGAGAAAAGUACAUCAAAGAAUUACAAAAGUACGUAGCAAUCGAUACAUUCGGAGCAUGUGGAAAGAAAAGAUGUGGUGUGUACAGUCCCAGAAUGAAUGAGUGUUUGGAACGUUUCUCCAAGGAAUACAAAUUUCUUUUCUCAUUUGAGAACAGUAUUUGUAGGGAUUACUCCACGGAGAAAGUUUUUAACUUGUAUGCUUACAAUUUAAGUAUCAUUCCAGUUGUAAACGGUCCUCCUCAAGCAAGCGAAUAUUUACCAAAUGGCACCUUCAUAAACGCAUUAGAUUUUACUUCGCCAGAGUCACUGGCGAAUAAACUAAAAACAAUUGGAUCGGAUGAAACUUUAUAUACUCAAUAUCUUAAAGAAAAGGACAAAUAUACCUCGAAAAAUAUAUCCGAAAUUUUUCAAGAAACGAUGUGCACUGUUUGCAAAAACUUAAAACAAUUUGGAGAGCAGAAAAUAUCCAUUAACCCAAAUUUGAAGUCGGUGUACAAAGGAGGAUGUUAAAGCAUAUUGGAAUUAUAAAGACAUUAGGCAUCAAGUAUCCUCUCUAAUCAAUGUCCAAAUAAGAACCCUAGCCAUUCGUGCUUUGUUUAUCGACAAUAUCUUUGAUUGGAUGUGAACAACUCAUUUCUGUAUUUUAUCGAUCGAAAUAUCUCAAUUAAUUUAUGAAUUAUGCAUUCGUGAAGAAUGCAAUUAUCACAUAUGUUAUCCUAAUAUAUGCAUGCACAUAAAAUUUGAAAUAUGAUACUAAAUGAGCAAUGAGUAUAUAUUUGUCAAGCAAUAAAUAA